AUGAACUUCGCAAAGAAGACGCAGUACAACAUCAAGGUGGAUAUACACGAAGUGAAGGACCUGAGCUUCCGCGAAAGCGCCAACGAAAAGGAGAUCAUCCCCAACCCCUACGUCCAAGUCACAGUAAACAAUGAAAAGAAAAGCACGCCGAAGAAAAACCAAGCAGUGAACGUGGCAUACAACACGUCCUUCAACUUUUCCAUGGAUUUGACAGAUUACCUUUUUCAGCGAACCAGUGUAGACGUGUGUGUGUUACACAAGUAUACAAUACAAAGUGCUCUCAUUGGAAAAUGCUCCUUCGGGUUAAAUUACGUCUACUCCAAAGCGCAGCACUGGCUGUAUAGAAUUUGGGUAAGGUUAAGGAACCCAGAUUUACCCCUCGACGAAGUUGGGUUUUUGCUCAUUUCUGUGGGGGUUUAUGGUCCGGGGGAUUCCAUUCCAAUCAUUAACGAUAGUGUCAAAACAAACAUAGGUGACUCUGUGAAUGCGUCAAAUGCAGGUGGAUUAGCAGCAGGUGGUGAUCCCGCUUCCGCUGCUGCUGAAGGAGGGGGAGAAGAAGGGGAUGACAACGCCGAGUUCGGGGGAAACAAAGGACUAGACAUACACAUUACGCACUAUGACCUAUGUGUAAAUAUCUUCCGAGGACAGGACAUGGAUUUUAUCGGAAGCAGUAUGUUAUUUUCCAACACGUUGGAACCCUAUGUGAAGGUAACCCACAACGGGUUCGAGGAGAGUACCAAGGUUAUUAGAAAUGACCCGAACCCGGUGUGGAACCUGAGUGUACACAUCCCUACAUGUACCCCAUGUUAUGACAAAAAUAUAAUUAUAGAGUUGGUGAACGGAGAACAUAAUGGGGUGGUGAUGCUGAGCGUUUUGCUAGACUUGUUUGAAAUUUUGAAACGGGAACUGCACCCAAGAUGGUAUAAUAUAUAUUACAAUCCUCAGAAUCAAAUUGCCCCGAGAAGUAGUAUAUAUAAUCAGAACGUAACUGCUAAUGCACCCAGUGUAACACAUAGUAGUAAUGCCCCGACAUCUACUAAUGCACUAGGGAAUUAUCUCUUCUCAGCGACCGCGGAAAAGAUAUUCAAAAAUGCAACACAAGGAAUCAAUAUAAAUGAAAUUCUGGGAGUGACCAAAAUGCAGAAUAUGUUUUCCUACGAUGAAAAUUUGAAAGAGUUUUACCUCUACGGUGGAAGAAUCUUCCUGAGUGUAAAUGCUACGAAAACGCAUGCACCAGGACCUAUACGGAUUAAGUCAGCCAGGGUAGAACCAGACCCACCGAAUAAAGAGUUCAUUUUUUGCGCCGACAUUUAUGAAAUAUUAUCUGUCCGGAGUAAUCACAACAAGGGAGGAAACUACAACUCAGAGAAUCUCCAAGGGGCUUACAACAAAACGUAUGAUGGAAAUGGGGACAGCAUUGUAUGUGUGUGUGGAUUGGGUCCACAUAAACUGAAGACGUGUGCACUGCUCCCAAACGAAGUAGGGUCCUAUGUCCUGAAUGAGAGUGCAGGACGGAUGAAUGAAUUUAGAAUUUUCCUCCCACAAAAUAAUACGGAUCAGAUAUAUGAUAUUUUCCUUUACAUCUACGUGAAGUCUAAUCUUGCCGUGACCGAUUGGAUAACUACCCGGAGGAGUGUAUACAAUACAGCUGGUGGAGUGAACAAUAAUAGAGACUUAUAUAACACAGGAGAUGCAAACAAAAGUAUGAAGUUCAACCAUAUGAGUUCCAUAAACAAGCAGUCAGAAGAUCUUUUCAAUGACACCGAUCUUAUGAGUAAUUACAAGCUAAGUAGUUAUGUGCGAAUCCCUUUUAAGUACCUCCUCCUUAGUGAGAAUAAGCCGAAAUGGUUUUCCAUGAAAAAUGUGGACACUAAUGUGCACGAUUAUAGCAUCUCGUUCUAUGCGAACCUGGUUCCCUUCCAUUUGUUUAAGAAAAGGCAGGAACGAUUGGAAUACAAAUUGGCUAGGUAUUUCUUCCGAGCGUUAAUAUAUGAGGGGUUGCACUUCCCCGCGAAGGGUUAUGACUCCUUUCCAGAUCCUUACAUAAAAGUUGAACUGGCAGGACAGACGAUAAAGACAAGCACCAUUUUGCACACACUGAACCCAAAUUAUUAUGAAGCCUAUGAGGUGGAAGUGAUUCUCCCAACCAACUUGAACCUAGCUCCAGAUAUAUCCAUUGAAGCCUUUUCUGUAAAUAAAACGUUCCUCUAUAAUGACGAUGAUAUCCUACUAGGUUCUUGUACCUACCCUAUUAUGAAGGUACCCAUCGAAUGGAAGCGUUCUCCUGUUUGGGUAAAUUUAAAAUCUUCCCAAUAUAAAAAAUGUAAAGCGAAGCUUCUGGUUGGGUUUGAGUUAGUCCCCUUGGAAAGAGUGCUAGACGAUAGUUACCCUUUUUAUGACGAUAUAAGACCAUCCACCUUACCAGGACACGUGUCUCUCUUCCUUGUUGGUAUACGUAUGUUCAAACCGUUGAAGAAUCCUUCUGUGACAGUUUGCUUUGGGAGGGACGUAGACGAUACGUCUCAGUUUCUCUGGCACGAAACGGUUAGUAAAGUUAUAUCUGGGAAGGAAGGCAACUGGAAUUUUUUGAAAUAUUUUUCCCUAGAUGUUGCCUUACCGAAGCGGAUGCAACACCAUAGUUUUUUGGAAGUCCGUGUGGAAGACAAAGAACUAGCUUCUGGGUUCACUUCCACGGGGGGAAAUGCCUCCCAGUCGGCCAAGGCCACGAACAAUAACAACCUAAUUGGUACCGCGUAUAUUACGCUGAACCCGUUAUUACCAUGGUUAGAUAAAUAUGAAAAGAACGAAUGCGUUGAAUUAUUUAAGUUGCAUCUGUUGGAGGAGGUUCUAAUGGAAGAUGCGGAGAGGGCACGCAAAUCUUACAACACUGCUCUGGUGUAUAAGAAGAGUUCCAUGGUGUCGAGGAAAAUUACGAAUGUUCUGUUUGACGGUGAGGGGGGGGACGAAGGAGGUGCAACGGAUGACGAGGGGGAUGGAGGACCCGGUGGGGGAGGAUUCCACGCGUUGUCUUUGAAUGUUCUGGAGGAGGGUGCUUCGGAGGAAGGUGCGUCCGAGGCGGGAGACACAAGGGCAGAUGAUGAGGUCGUCACGGAAACGGCGAUUGAGUUAGGCGGGGGGGACUUCGACCCGGAGGAGGGAGACGAAACGAUCCGAUCGGGGAAUCCUCCCGGGGAGGUGCAUGGUGGGGAGAACCCAAAUGGGGACAUACCAAAUGGGGAAGUAGCAGAUGAAAAAAGUCCAGACAAGAAAUGUCCUGACAAGAAAAGUCCUGACCAGAAGAACAACCUGAGCAGGAAGAAGAAGAGAAACAUGAAAAAGUUCAUCAAUAAGGAGUACGUGCCUUAUAACGACCCCGAUUUUGCAAACGUUCGGAUAGAAGAGGCACUAGAACAUGUGUGCUUCAAGACGAGCGAAUAUGUAAGCGAUCCAGGUGUAAGUGCAGAGGAAAACGACCACGGGGAGAAUGACAGCAAUGCUAGUCAGAGGAAGAUAAAGUUGAAAGAUAUGCACUUUUUCAAAGGGAAGAACCACGAUGAAGGGAAGGAAAAAAACGCACAAGUGGGUAGGAAGGAGAGAAAAACCAUUCACGGGUUCAGUGAAGAAGCACUAAACUUCCAGUUAUCGAUAGCAGGAGAUGAUGAACAGGAAGAAAUACAAAGAGAUGAGAUGCUCUACGAGUAUGAAGUGGACAUGAAUGUAGAUGACCUCCCUUACCUACGCGCAACGAUAUUUAGAUGCACCGAUUCGGGAAUACCAGAAGCGGUAGGCUACCUAAAAUAUCUAUGCAACGUAUACGACGAUAAGACCAUUCAUCUGAAAAAGGAGAUGCUAAGAAAGUGCCAAAAAUUGGUGAACGAGUAUAAGCAGACGCGUAACCUAGUCGUUAGAGCAUAUAUCAUUCAAGCAAGAGGAUUGAACCCCCCAUCCGGUGCAACAGACAUAACCACCUACGUGUGGAUUAAGAACAGCAACGAAAUUACGAACAUACCUGGAGGGUUAUCACAUAACAUUAAGGACACAGGGCAUAUUAAAAGACAGGGGUAUAAGCCCGAAUUCAAUAGAUCCUACCAACUGUUGUGUUCCUUUCCAGAUGAGUCUAUCAUCCAAGUGUGCAUAAUGAACCAGGGUUCCUUAUCCGAUGAGGUCAUUGGUUAUACCUACAUCGACAUGGAGGACAGAUAUUUCAAUCCGAGGAUUAGACAACUCAUGAUGGAUGACGGAAUGCCCAUCGAGUUAAGAUCACUGAAGUUAGAAAACAGUACCAUUUCUCAUGGGUCCUUAAGGUGCUGGUUUGAAAUUUUCACAGAAGAAUUUGCUCAAAGGAACCCAGUAAAAAUUCUAUGCUCCAAUGAACCCGACGACUACCAACUCAGGGUAGUAAUCUGGAAAGUCAGCAAUGUUGCUAUGGAUGAAAGUCCCACCAUUAGUCUGUUCGUUAGAUGCAUCUACAUGGAUGAAGAAUUGGAAGACAAGAGAGACACCGACACGCACUACAAUAGCAAGGAUGGAAAAGCUGUGUUCAACUGGCGCUUUGUGUAUAAUGUUAAGAUUCCUACGAAUGCCACCAAUGUGAAGGUGCAGGUGCAUAACUACGCCUUGCUGUCUUCUAGCGAACCCAUCGGCGAGGCCACCCUCAAUCUGGCUGCACACUUUUACCGUGCUAGGAAGAAGCGGGGUCUCUACCACAUCCCCAGAUUCUGGCUGCAGUGCAAGCACCCCGCCCACAAGAACAGGGUGCGUGGCAGCGUCGAGGUCGAGGCGUGCAUUCUCCCAAAAGCGGAGGCGGAGGUCGACCCCGUCGGCAACGGCAGGGACGAACCCAACAAGGACCCCUUCCUCCCCCCGGUUACGGAGAACAGGACCUACGUCGAUUGGGUCACCAUCAACGAGAAGUUCGGUGCCGCCACGGCGUCGAUCAUGCACGGAUUGAAGUGGACAGGUGUCUGGAUCGUUGUGGCCGUCGUGGUCGUUGGUGUGUUUUUCCUCCUCAUCCUUUUGAAGUGA